AGCACGCCUCAUCACCCACUGCGUUCCAGCUUCAGUUGCCCAGUGCUGCAAGAGGAGCGGUAGAUUUUGAGGACCUAGCUCACUCGUGUUGGUCAAAGAGCGUGUCAAGCCAAGAUGGCCUCACUGAGUAGCCGCGCCCUAGUGGUCGGUUCGGCGCUCGUCGUUGCUGCGGUGCUGCUCCCUGCCCACCACGCGAUUGCGGCAUACGCCGACACGGCCAGCGCGCCGACGUCAGCCAACGACAUCGCCGUGCCGCCGUCAUCGCCCGCCAACAAGGCCGCGGCGCCUGAUGCGGCCGGCGACAAGGCCAUGCCGCCUUCAUCGCCUGCCAACAAGGCCUUGCCGCCUUCGUCCUACGGCAACGCCUCGGCGCCUUCACCGUCCCCCGCACUGCCGCCGCCGCUGCCGUUCGUCGUCGUGGAGGGCGUCGUCUACUGCAAGUCCUGCAAGGGGAGAGGCUACAACCGCGACAUGGACGCGUCGCCUCUGCAAGGCGCGACGGCGACGAUGGUGUGCUACGGGCGGAAGGUGGUGAACGCGACGGGGACGGUGACGGACGCCAACGGCUACUUCCUGAUCAUGUUCUACGACAUCAAGAACUUCCGCGCCAAGGUCUGCAAGAUGUACCUGGGCUCGUCGCCGUCGCCGCAGUGCAACAAGCCCGUGUACCCCCCCAACAAGUGGAUCGGACUCUCCCUCGUCAGGGAGUCCAGGACCAUCCCGCCCGUGGGGCUGCAGGGACUCUACACCCCCACCAACGUCCUCUUCUAUGGCCCCGCCAUCAAAGGCCAGUGCCCUUACUGACGACCUGUUCCCGUCGGACAGAGGCGAAAUCCACUGGUGGCCGACGUGCACGUUCGUUCGACGACGGCGAACGUGCGCGCGUACGUACGAUCGAUCUCGGUCGAUCCGUUCCAGGCAGUAAGUAAUAAGUGCAGGCAUUGCAUUGCAUUGUGGCGCUGUACUUCUUAGCUAGUACAGUAGUAGCUGCCAGUGUAAGUUCAGUUCUAGUUCGUUCGAGGCAGUGGUGGUUGUUGGUGAUUCUUCGAUCGCUCCUUGUCGAUUGGUGUGACAUUGACAUUCAUAUAAUCCUAUUGGUU